CAAACCCAUCAUGUCGAUACCACGAGCGACAUACGAUCCUCGUAGAGUAUUCCGAUUCUCCUUACCUUCUUUCGAAGUUGGACCGAGGGUUCGACAAGUCGGCACUUAUCUUUCCGGAGGGUUGUUCGCACUAUCCUUCUUCCUCUUAUUAGACGCUUCUACACUUUCAUCUCAUGCUAAACCUCCUCCAGACGCACCAUACGAUGUCGUACCUGUUCAUAUGAGUUUUGUAGAUUGGAUACCUGCUAUAUGUUCCACACUGGGUUUUCUAGUCGUGUCUCUACUCGACAAAACUCACCUCAACUCUGCUCUCUCAGGGGAUGCAUGGUCUAGUGACGGUCCUGCUGCGUGGAGAGCUAGAGUGGUGUUGUUUGUCGGUGUAGCUUUGAUGGCAGGUGGAUUGGCGGGGUCAUUGACCGUGUUAAUCCUGAAAUACAUCGUUCCCGAUUUCACUGGUUACACGUAUUACGGCUGGGCCAACGUGGGUAUGAACGGUGGUAUCAUGUUGAGCGCUGUGAUAUUGUGGAUCUCUCAGAGUGGGAGUGAUGAGUAUGAGUAUCAGUUGACAGUGUGAGGUGAUGGGGUAUGCAUGUGAUAAAUUGUAGUAGAUUAGCUGUAAUUUAGCUAUAUAGCUAGAUGGCUACUUGGUAAGAUGGUGUCGUGGUG